AUGAGCUACUGUUAUGACACAAACAUGAUCUACUAUUGUAACACAAACCUGAGUUACAAGUGUGGCACAAACCCGAGCUACUUUUGUAACACUAACCCCUGCUACUACUAUGACAAAAAUGUGAGCUACCAUUGUAACACAAACCUGAGCUACUAUUAUGACACAAACCUGAACUACUAUUGUAACACAAACCUGAGCUACUAUAAAGACAAAAACCUGAGCUACUCGUGUGGCACAAACUUGAGCUACUAUUGUAACACAAACCUGAGCUACUAUAAAGACAAAAACCUGAGCUACUCGUGUGGCACAAACUUGAGCUACUAUUGUAACACAAACCUGAGCUACUCGUGUGGCACAAACUUGAGCUACUAUUGUAACACAAACCUGAGCUACUAUAAAGACAAAAACCUGAGCUACUCGUGUGGCACAAACUUGAGCUACUAUUGUAACACAAACCUGAGCUACUAUAAAGACAAAAACCUGAGCUACUCGUGUGGCACAAACUUGAGCUACUAUUGUAACACAAACCUGAGCUACUCGUGUGGCACAAACUUGAGCUACUAUUGUAACACAAACCUGAGCUACUAUAAAGACAAAAACCUGAGCUACUCGUGUGGCACAAACUUGAGCUACUAUUGUAACACAAACCUGAGCUACUCGUGUGGCACAAACCUGAGCUUAUAUUGUAACACAAACCUCAGCCACAAUUAUGACACAAACCUGUGCUACUAUUGUAACACAAACCUCAGCCACAAUUAUGGCACAAACCGGUGCUACUAUUGUAACACAAACCUCAGCCACAAUUAUGGCACAAACCUGUGCUACUAUUGUAACACAAACCUCAGCCACAAUUAUGGCACAAACCUCAGCCACAAUUAUGGCACAAACCUGUGCUACUAUUGUAACACAAACCUCAGCUACAAUUAUGGUACAAAGAUGUGCUACUAG